UUCGUUUUUGCUGUGCAUGUUGCUGUGCUGUUUACAGCAUUUGCAACGAACGGCAGUUAAGCAGCAUGUUUUGGAUUAGUUUAAGAACUACAGCUCGUUACGGAAGCUUACGAGAGAAAUGCAUUAAUCAUAGGUCACUUGUAAAGGGCACAUCUAUGCCCAAAUUAUUCAAGUCGUCAAUAGCGGAGCGAAGAACGUCCCCAGCUGCUUACUGCAUGGAUCAAGUAAAGCAGUACGACUACGAGAAUUAUCUGUGCUCACUUCUCUUACCGGCUGGUUUGCGAAGAAGUGCCUUCGCUAUCCGGGCGUUCAACGUCGAGCUCGCUCAGAUUAGAGACGUUGUGUCAAGAGCGGACAUCGGUGUGAUGAGGAUACACUUUUGGAAAGAUGCUGUCGAGAGGGUUUACAAGGGAAAUCCUCCCGAACAUCCAGUCGCACAGGAGCUGAGCGUGAUGGUUCAGUCAAAACAGCUGUCACGGCAUUGGAUGAGCAGAAUGAUUGAAUCAAGGGAAAGUCUCCUUGGUGACAAGCCACAUAGCACCAUUAAUGAGCUCGAAGAAUACGCUGAAAAAAGUGUGUCCUCCACACUGUAUCUUAUCCUGCAAGCCAUGGGUGUACAGAAUGUAGCAUGUGAUCACGUUGCCAGCCAUGUUGGAAAACUGCAAGGAUUAACAAAUCUGAUUAGAGGUGUCCCUUUCAAUGCUGCUAGAGGCCGCGUUUAUCUUCCAUCUGAACUCAUGGCCAAGCACAAGGUGUCGCAAGAGUCAGUUGCACGUGGAAAGGCGGACUUAAAGGAAUUGAUAUAUGACAUUGCUUGCACGGCCCAUCAACACUUAGCUAAGGCACGCAGUUUGAAAAAAGAUGUACCAAGGGAUGUAAGACUAGUUUAUCUUCCUGCGAGAACUUCAUCACCGCACGGCACUCAAGCUUCUCCAUGCCUUCCGGUGCUUCACACUACACCCACUGUGAUCGACUGUCAAAGCCAAACUACUAAUCGGCACUAGAUGGCGUUUCAUCUGAGACUUGCAGAGACUUGUAUGAACGUGCACAUGAGUGCUACAAGUUCUCGCUCGCGUGAUUCUUAUUGAGGCCGAGAACUUUUCAGACCACCCUCGUAUUUAUACAGGAAACUCGUUUGUGCUACCAAAGCCAAUAAACAUGGUAGGAAGCCUCUGUUCACUAGUGUUUAGAUGUUUGUAAAAUUUGUAUGUGUACCUACAAAAGUUGUUUUGAGGACUAUGCUGUCAUAGUGGCCCUAGACCCAACAUAUUCUAUUGUUUUGCUUUGCAGGUUGCUUCCAGUGCAUAUUUGGAAAAGCUACGUCGCACUGAUUUCAAUGUGUAUGACGGACGACUACAUGUGCGCAAUGG